AUGGGGGUUGACGCUGGGAAAACCUUGCUAGUCAAGGACUUAUUGACCGCAGAGGAUGCCAUCAAUACUAAACUAUCAAGGACGGCUUUAGAUGGAAGGGGAACAAAAUACUCACCUCCACCUUCAAACAUCGACAUGACAGCCGCCUCUUCCGAAUCUGAAAACCUAGACGACACGUCGACUGUACAGUCACCAAGCUUGGAAAUACAAUCAGACUCACCGACAGGUUCAUACGACUACUUCCCACACGCACCACCUAUACCGAAUCGAGAACCAAGCAUACUUGCUAUGGACGGUGUUUUUAACGCGUAUGGCAUCAUCAGCUCUCAAGAAAUGACUGCUUCAACUAUAGCAGAUGUUCGACGAGGAAGCUAUGCAAGCUCUACAUCGCCUGCUGAAGUUGAAAUGGACGAGCUGAUACGAAUGUCGACAAUGAAUAAUGCAGCCUUUGCUACUGCUACUCAACAGCAACAGGAUAUGACGUUGGAAUGUGCGCAAACAUCUCGUCGGCGUGCAGUCAGUUUUGGGUCUGAACGAACACGAGUCUACCACCCAGAUGAAACCACCGUUCGUGUACUUGUACGUCGUGGAUCAGGACCGAAUGGCCAAAGGAUAUUAUCUGCAGUAUCCAGCAAUUCGACAAAAACCGACGAUGUGGAGUACGUAUUAUCAUUUCUACAUCCGGAACAUGUCAAGUCUUGGUUUAGUGGCAGCUCUGGAAAACAGGAACGAAGAAACUCUUUGAACAAACAUUCGGAAUUGAUUGUAGGCGCUGAUGGUGUUAUACGAGGCAAAGUGCUAGCAAAAGGAGUAGAACCACCACAAGUCCGCUGGACGGCAAACAAUUGGCAAACAAAACAACCAGUCAACAAGUUUAUUCGACCACCAACCAUUGGACACGCAUCACCAUCGAAUCCGUCUUCAGCACCAUCAUCGACUCUCAGUAUACCCUUCCACAAACGCUUUGGAUUAUCACCAAACUCAUCUUCCACUUUUGGUGAGUCUGGGAAUAGCUCUCGAGUAUCUCUGGCAACCUCUAAUAGCUAUAGUCCGAAAUCAGAACCGACCCCACCAGUUUCGAACGAUGGACUGUUUGCACCACUGACCAACACAUCGACCCGCAGGUUUUCAAUCAACUUUGGUGGAAUAAGCGAAUUGGCUGCUACAGCCGUUAUUGAUUUGGCACGAAUGACAUCCGACAUGCCACCGGCAGUCAAGAAGCCAGAAGAAUAUGUAGUUGCAAGUGUAAUUCCAGAAUUACAACGAGUAGCAGCUCUAUCUAGUGACUCGAAUGGAUCCUCUGGUGGAUCGUCAUCAUCGUCUGGGGGAUCAAUAGAAGGAUCCCAGAUACAAAUACCAUCACCAACACAAACCGGAAUUCAUAAUCGAGUCAUAGUUACUCCUACCAAAUCCAGUCGUCGUGCUUCAUAUGGUGGACCAACAAGCAAGAUAUCCGCCCUAAUAUUAUCGUCCAAAUCAUUAUCAGUGCCAACACCAGGAGAUCCAUCAUCACAGCCAGUACCAACCAUACACCAACCCACCUCAACACGACCGACCAUAUCACCAGCUGGCAGUGUCACAUCCGUAACACCGAGUGUUUCAUCCACAGGCAGUGCAACAUCUCCAGUGUCCCCACAAUCAGGACUGCACGAAUGGAAGUUUGAAAUAGACGCCAUCAGCGAAGUGCUCCCAGAACUGGAACGACUUGUAGGUGACGCACCACAUGAACCCGUUGUACCCGAAGGAUGGUCUCCAUUACGUGUUGGUGAAUUUGAUUAUGCACGACGAGCUGGAUUCCGUCCUCGAAAUGGUGUUGCCAUGUCGUUUCAGGGCAUUGGAGCGCCUGGUAGUAUCGAGUCUGUACGAUGGAGUGGUGUAAUCAACAUACAAGUCGAUGGACAGAGCAAGUCAAAGGAUACUGCUGGGCUGAUAGUUACGCUGGUGCAGAUUAUUAAUCCGUCAAAGUAG